AUGCCACAGGUGCGGGACAUGGACUGGGGAGCGGGCACCCGGCAGGCGGUGGCCGCUGCCUUCCUGUGCGGCUACGCGGGCGCCCAGGUGGCGUGCGGCUGGCUGGCGGGCCGCGUGGGGGCGCACCGCCUGCUGGGGCUGGGGCUGGCCUCCUCGGGUCUGCUGGCGCUCUUCACCCCGGCGCUCGCCUGCAUGCACCCCUGCCUGCUGGUGGCUCUGCGCGUCUGCCAGGGAGCGCUGCAGGGCGUGUUGCACCCGUGCAUGAACGCGCUGUGGUCUCGCUGGGCGCCACCGCUGGAGCGCAACAGGCUCAUGGCGCUGGCUCUCUCCGGCAGCUACGUGGGGUCCAUGGUCGCACUGCCGCUGUCCGCACUCGUCGCGCGGUACAUCGGCUGGCCGGCGAUCUUCUACGCGUUCGGACUGACUGGUCUGUUGUGGUUCGGUGCUUGGUGGUGGGUGGUCAAGGAAUGUCCUGAACGAGAUCCUUCAAUUUCUGUUGAAGAACUCAAGUACAUACAGUCAGCUAUAGGACCACAGGAUAAAAUUUACAAGGCGGUCUUGCAUCCCUGGAGGAAGAUCCUUACUUCUGCACCAGUCUGGGCUGUCGCCAUCGCACAUUUCGCUGAGGCCUGGGGCUCGCACACGCUGCUCAAACAGCUGCCGUCCUUCUUGGGAGAUACCUUGAAUUACAAUGAGCAACAAGUGGGUGCCAUGUUGUCACUGCCAUUCUUCUUCAUGGCUGUUAUACUGCAAGGUGCCGGAUACCUCGCUGACUGUCUGCAGUCCAAGGAAGUGGUAACUGCAACCAAGGUGCGAAAGUUGUACGUGUGCGGCUCCUUCGUGGUGGAGUCCUUGUUCGUCAUGACGGCAGGAGUCCUGGACACUCCCGCGCAGGUCCUGAUCUGCCUCGCCUUCGCCAUAUCACUGCAGCCAUUUGGUGCGGCCGCCCUUAGCGUGAACCACCUGGACCUGGCGCCCAAGCAUUCCGCCGUGCUAGUGGGUGUGUCGCAGACCGUGGGCAGUCUGGCCGGACUCAUCGGGCCAGUCGUCACAGGCCUGCUGGUGCAGAACAGGAGUGCAAGCGAGUGGCGGAGCGUGUUCAGGACGGCCAGCGCGGUGUACCUCGUGGGGGCGGCCGUGUUCGGCGCUCUGGGCUCGGCCGAGCGGCAGGCGUGGGCCGAGGACCCGCCUGUGGUGCAGCGCGAGAACGACUGCAACCGCCAGGCGCAGGGCCGGCAGCAGCGCACCGGGGCGAAGAAGGCCACCCCGCCACCGCCACCGCCAACGCCACCGCCCGCCGUAUCCCCGGCCGGGCGCCAGGGCUGCGGCCGCACCGACCACCGCAAGAAGGACUGCAACCGGUCCGACCACGGCUGUGUGGUGCUGGACCUGCGGAACCUACACACCCUCACCAUAUGACCAUUCCUGUGUUGCUCGGAUGGACGUGCUAGACUGGCUCGGCUGUGUAGAGCGCACUGGAGCAAGAAGCCCGGACUGAGCGAUGCUCACACAACGGGUCAAGAAACGUGGCGUGUACGCUUUGGCCUCAAUCGCUAAGUUGUCACAUUCUUGCUAAGAAUUAAAGCAGGAAAUUUAAUCAUAACAAUCUUACAUAAUUCUAAU